AUGCGAUCGGAACUGUUUGUGAUUGUCUUUCAUUUCUUUGCAUUUAUUUUGUUAAUGCAAGGGCUUUUCCCAUUCUCAUCAUCGACAAAUCAAAUUUCUACUCGAUCAUGUUUCAAUUCGCCAAAAUCAACAAAUCGUCGUGUGAUUAUCAUUUUAAUCGAUGCACUGCGUUCUGAUUACAUCUUCAAUAGAAAUCAUUCAUUUUAUCUCAGAUCGAUCGGUAAACUCGAAGAAGAAAAGAAAGCUUUAUCGAUUAAACUCCGAACUCACACACCAACUGUGACAUUACCAAGAUUAAAAGCAAUUUUAACAGGAACAAUUCCGUCAUUUUGGGAUGUGUUGUUCAAUUAUAAUUCCUCUUCGUUGGAAAUCGAUAAUUUGUUAUUUCAAUAUAAGAAAAAGUAUCCCGAGAAGAAAAUUGUCUUUUAUGGUGAUGAUACUUGGUUGAAAUUAUUUCCGCAUGGAAUUUUCUCUCGUUCGUAUGGUCUUCAAUCAUUUUUCGUUUCAGAUUUCAAAGAGAUCGAUAUCAAUGUAACUCGCGGUCUCUAUGCCGAAUUGGAUCAAAGAGAACAAUGGGAUUUGUUAAUCGUUCAUUAUUUAGGUCUCGAUCAUAUUGGACAUGCUUAUGGUGCAUUCAAUUCAUUUGUUCAAGAUAAAUUAACAGAAAUGGAUGAAAUGAUUGAAUAUGUUUAUUCGAAAGUUGAUUCAAAUGAUGUGAUUUUAAUUACAGGUGAUCAUGGAAUGAUUGAUCAAGGUGGACAUGGUGGAUCAUCGAAUGAAGAAAUCUUUGUUCCGGCAGUUUUCAUUUCUAAGGGAUUUCAAGAGAUUUAUCGAGAUGAAAAUGAAUAUUUUCAAAUUGAUUUAACACCAACAUUGAGUGCAUUACUCGAAAUUGCAAUUCCAUUUAAUAAUUUAGGAAUUUUAAUCGAAAAUGUUCUGCAAACGUUUCAAUUGAUUAAGAAAACAAAUUUAUUUCAAUGUUUAAUCGAUGAUAAUCGAAGACAAUUAGUUAAUCUUUUAUCAAAUACGAAAUUAUCAACUGCAUUCAAUGAUUUACAACAAAUUCGACAACAAGCGAUGAAAUUAGCCAAUGAACAAGAUUUUCUCAUGUUAAUUCUCAGUAUUUUCAUCUUCUUUCUCAGUACAAUUCUUCUUUGGUUUCAUAUUUCGAAAAUGUGUUCAAUUGCAAUCGUUAUUUCGAUUUUGUUUUAUGUCAUUUCGAAUCGAAUCUUUGUUAGUUUAUCGAUUGGUAUAAUUAGUUUUUGUUUCAUUGGGUUUAAACAAGGUCAAAGAAGAUCAAUUGAUUAUAAAUUCGAAGAGAAAACGAAUCUAUCGAGUCAAUUAUUGAUUUAUUAUCCGAUAUUUCAUUGUAUUUCGUUAUUUUCAAGUAGUUUUAUUGAAGAAGAACAUCAAACUUGGUAUUAUUUAUUAUCAACUUAUUUAUUUCUUCGAACAUUCGAACAGAAAUCUUUCCAAUAUUUCAUUUUCUUUCUUUUCUCUCGUUUAAUUCGUUCAUGGAAUCAAACCGGAAAUAAAUGGUUAAAUCUUCCCGAUAUUGGUGAUUUUCUUAAUAAGUCUGAUCAUCAAAUAUAUUUAUUUGUUGUUCAUGUUCUUUCUUCAAUUGUAUUUGUUUAUUUGUUAAACAAAUCAAAGCAAUGUCGAUUGACAUAUUUGUUCCCGAUGAUUAUUUUCAUUUAUCGAUGGAAUUUAUUCAGUUCUUUCUCAUCAUUAACUCCAUUGUUGUAUUACGGUUUAUUAUUUUACUUUUUGAUCCGUAAAGAGAUGUCAAUACCAAAUAUUCUCUUUUGUCUUUUGUUUUUGAUUUGUCGAACGCAUAAUUGUGUUAUAAUCGUCAUUUAUAUGAUAUUCUAUGAAUAUUUACCGGUAACUGAUGGUUCAUUGGCAUUUUUAUUGAGUCAAUCGGCAUUUUUUCAUCUUGGAAAUUCGAAUUCAUUUGUAACAAUUGAUAUUUCAACAGGUUUUGUCGGUAUUCCAAUUUAUAUUCCAAUCAUUCACGGAUUUUUCAUUUCUCUUUCGACAUAUGGUUUAUCAAUACUUUGGUUAAUGAAAUUAUCUCGUGAACAACGAACGAUUUAUUUGUUACAAUUAACUUUAAUAAAUACUUUAUUUUCUGUUUGUGUUCUUCUCCAACGUUAUCAUUUAUUUGUUUGGACUGUUUUUGCUCCUAAACUUUUCUAUCAAAGUGCUCAAACAGCUUUGAGCUUUAUGUUAUUUUUCUGA